UGGCCUGUAUUUCGCAGUUUUUGGCGGUAGUUUGUGAAGAGAGGCGAGUGAAAAUGGCCCAAUUCGAUGUCUCUCUCUUAUCCGGCGGUGCCAUUAAAGCUUCAAUGGAAGGACAGGCUCCUCCAAGUCCUCGAUUACAGAUUUUGGGUAUUAAAGGUUUUACGAAUGAUUCUCGUGGAGGCGGAGCCCAAAAGUAUCGAAUACAAGUAUCUGACGGUAUCCAUUGUGGGGCAGGUAUGUUGGCUACUCAGUUAAAUGAGAAGAUCACUUCAAACGAGAUCAGCAAAUAUUGCAUUGUUCGUGUUGACAAGAUGCUGAUAAAUUCCAUUGGUGCCAAAAAAGUAAUGAUAUUCAUUAAACUCACUGUGCUGUACAGUGCUCAAGAUGUUGGUGGGAUGUUAGGAACUCCUCGUCAGCUUAACUCCGACAGUGCUGACUCUAAUUCCACUACUCCAACUGUCAAAGACGAGCCUUUAGCCCGCCCUCCUCUUGCUCAACGCUCACAAGUGGGUGUGGCACCAGCACCAGUUGCGCCUCAGCCGAUUCAGACUCCGCCUAGAUUUUAUGGUAACUCGGCUCAAAGGACAGGAGGAAUGGGAGGGGCCAGUAAUUUAAUGCAGUCACCUGGGGGUGGUACUAAGAAUGUUGUGCCAAUAACUGCAUUGAAUCCAUACCAGAAUAAGUGGACGAUAAAGGCGCGGGUCACUUCAAAACCUCCUCUAAGACAUUAUAAUAAUUCUCGUGGAGAAGGUCGUAUUUUGACGCUAGAGUUUGUUGACCAUUCUGGUGAGAUCAGGGCUACAGCAUUCAAUGAAGACGCUGAUCGUUUCUUUCCAAAUGUUGAAGUGAACAAGGUUUAUUAUGUGUCAAGAGGUCGUAUCAAACCAGCCAAUAAAAUAUAUUAUGCUAACAAUGAUUAUGAAUUGACACUUGGAGCCGAGACAACCAUUGAAGAG